AAAAUUCUUAUUCAUGUUCCUUGCCACGACCGUUGCUGUCGCAAAGAGCGCGCUCUUUACCCGUAUUUUGCGUAAUCUUAUCGUAAUGUGUUCAAUGUGCAAAGCGUAUUGUGUACUCGGUGUGUGAAUUUUAUAACAGGAUAACACCGUCGAAUUCGGCGGUGUUUGAAGUCGUAACGUCUACGCUAUGAAAACACACGGAGAUUCCGGUGGUCUAGUUCUUUUUGUUUCCCCGGUGGUUUGUGAGCGACUUCGACACAGUGCUACCUGUACCAUGUGCAUCAGAUAGUGUCGUGCUUCUAUUAGUUUGUCGACAAACUAAUAUGCCAGCUCUGAGAGACUGCUGUGCAUGGUGAGCGCUGAGGCACAGUGUUCCAGUGAAUCAUAGUGUGGUUUAAAAAUGAAGGUGACGGUGUGUUUUGGUUCUGUGAGGGUGCUGGUGCCCUGCGGCGCUGGCGACCUGCUGGUCAGGGACCUCGUGCGUGAGGCGACGCUCCGUUACAAGAAAGCAACCGGACAGGGUCCAGAAACAUGGGUGGGUGUAAGAGCACUUCGUGCCAGUUCCGGCGGUAUCCUAGACCCCGAUGAUCGUGUGCGUGACGUUGCUGACGACCGGGAAACCCUGACAGCCGAGUGCACCAACCAAGCGCCGCAGCCAAGAGCAGCUCAAGCAGAUGGCGCUAGUGGUUCAUCGGCCGGAACCGCCUCACCUGACAUGUUUCGGGGUGGCGGUGGCGUGGGAGGCAGUAUGCGAGUCCCGAACACCGACUCGUGCGUCGAGGUCGGAGCGGCGGACCUCGAGGACGGUGCCAACGGCUUACAAGUUCGACGAGGGAGCGAACCGACACUGCACCAAGACACUCUUCCAUCACAGAGACCAGUUUCAGAUCAAACGAAGCGUUGGUCGGCGGCGGUGGUGUGCAGAGAUGACAGUAGUCGAAUAACGCAGAAAGUCCAUCCCUUAACAGAUGGUCGGCCCCCAGACUCCAUGCCCGAAAGACACGGUCAUCCAGGACAACACUUCCAGAGGCAGUCUAACCGCUUAUCAAUGCAGUUUUCUGGCCCCGGGAGUGGUGUAUGGUUAGAUGCAGCUGAACGGAUACAAAGUUACGGCAGCAAAAGUCUACCUCGGGAUGCGCGUAAAGAUCCCUUAGGACAGGAUACUCCGAUGAAUGCUCACCAAAAUCACAGGGUAGAAGAUAUGCUUCGGUGGGUGUCAGGAGUGAACAACAUUGCUAGUGUGCAUCCAGUGCAAGAACGUCCGCUUGAUCUCUUACCUGAAGUGGGCAGCAGCGAGCGCGCGGUGUCCGGACCAGAAGUACCGGGCGGGCCGCCGUCAGCCGGCACCGAGAGGAUCGCCGUCUCGCUCGUCAAGGGCGAGAAGGGGCUCGGCUUCACCAUCACCACCAGGGACAACCCCACCGGUGGACAUUGUCCCAUCUAUAUAAAGACUAUAUUGCCCAAGGGCGCGGCGGUGUCGGACGGGCGGCUGCGCGCGGGCGACCGGCUGGUGGCGGUGGGCGGCGCGGCGGUGGCCGGCAAGACGCAGCAGCAGCUGGUGGCGCUGCUGCGCGGCACGCCCGCCGACUCCACCGUCGACAUCGUCGUCGAGCGUACUCUGCCGCCUACUGCCAGGCCGCACGCGCAGAGGAUGGAACCUCAGCAAAGUCCCGCGAAGUAUACAGAAAAAGCUAUCGGUUCUCCAAACAGUAUAUCAAAAGAGGUCGGCAUGGAGAAUGGGCGGGUGUCGAGUAUUGUGAACGCAAUCAACCAGAACAAUAGCUCGAUGCGAGGCAGAAUACCAAAAAGCUCCUCCAAAGAUGACCUUCUGAGACAACAGAAUGGGGACGUAACGUCACAUUCACAGGACGCAUUGAAUACUUCCACUAAUUCUAUACUAGGACUACGAAAUAGACUGAUCCUCAGGCUAGAUAUUCCAGUUCACGAUUCCGAAAAAGCUGGAUUAGGUAUUAGCGUGAAAGGCAAGGUGACUGUUGGUAACGAUCCUCAAGAUCUGGGUAUUUUUAUCAAGUCGGUGCUACAUGGAGGUGCUGCAUCCAGAGAUGGAAGGCUCCACACGAACGACCAACUGCUGAGCGUCAACGGCGUGUCGCUGGUGGGGCAGUCGAACGCUGAAGCCAUGGAGACGCUGCGCCGUGCCUUGCUGCACGCGCGGCCGCAUGUUCACGGCAACAUCUCACUCACCGUCGCCAGGCGGACUGACAGUAUGGACAGCUUGGCUAGAUGGAAAGACGACACACCGCCCAACGGGAAUGAAUCAAACAACUCUAUCGACAACAGCUCGCAAAACUUCAACACAGUCAUAUACAACUCUAAUAGCGAGAAAGAUAACAGAACCAUAGACUACAACCAGAAGUAUGACCAGAAAGAAGGGCACGACAUCCACGAUGGCAGAAGCGGCAAGCAUGCUACUAUUGUGACCAUAAACAACAACACGAGUUGGGUAUCGAACCAGUCGGAUGACAGCAAGGGUUAUUUAGAAAGGGACAGAGAUAACGUUCCGCAUGAUACUAAAAGAGAUAGCUUCGAGUGGAGCAGAUUAGACGGGUGGAAUCCUGUGAUCGACAGGUUGACGGGACUUCGGAAUGAGAGUUACUAUAUGGCGACGGGCCACGUAGCGAGAUCGCCACCUGCGCAUCACAAUGUCAUACUCGAGGAAGACUACGCUACUACCAGGGCAGGCACCGGCGGCGAGUCUGGUAGCGAGAGCGGCACAGGCGGCGCGUUCAGCCGGGACGCGGUCGGGCGACGGUCCAUGUCAGAGAAGCGACACGCCGCGCUCGACGCCAAGCAGACCGGCACAUACAAGAAGAUCAGAGAGAUCAAGGCCAUCAACUCAAUGCAAGUUGGUCCAUCUUUGGGUAUGCGAAAAUCAUCAAGUUUAGAAUCGUUACAAACGGCCAUACAGGAAAACCAAAGAAAUCCGCGGAACGAACCAAUAUAUGCGCGAGCGCACCCACCGUUAAAGCAUUGGCUAACAGACGAUAACACUGGUCCUGAAGGAAUUAUCAGAGGAUCGCCGCAACAGUCAUCACUGUCAACUAAAAAGCCAUCUCUAUUUAAGGCUCUAUCAACUAUGUUCAGGAUCGGCAAGCCUCACAAUAAGCCAGAGCCGGAGAUGUACGGGCGGACGGCGCCGGGUCGUGCGUCCGAGAAGUCGUUGUCGCGCGAUGCGCUCGAUAGAGAACGACACCGGGCCGAACGUAUAGAUAGGAUGGACGAGGACAGGAUUGGCGCGGCAGGCAUUGAGGUGACGCACUCGCGACAGAGCAGCGGCAGCGGCGACCGCAGCCACAAGUCGUCCCGCACCGCGCCGCCAUACCGCUCACCACCCGCACGCACUGCGCCCUCCGAGCACAAGGCGAUGGACAGCGCUUGGGGCCCCACUGGUCAUUACGUCAAUUAUGAUGAAAUACAACAAAAUCUUAACGCGCGACGUGAGAAGUUGAGCGAAGUGCAGAUCGGCCAGAUGAGGCGGCAGGUGCGCGCGCAGAGGGAGAAAGCGGUCGAGGAGAGUCGUCGUGCAGGCGUAGGGUCGGGUGGUUACCACUCACAGCGCUCCUGUAAAGAGGGCGGUGCGCGGCCACAGUCCAACUAUUAUGAGUACGAGACGGCGCCGCCGAGAAGACCGGGCAAGCUCUCACACUACCACUGAGCGGUGCUCCUAACGUUGAUCUUAGCUAGGGUUGCCGCCUGUUUGCUGUUAUGGAAUUCAGAUAGGGUCAGGGGAAGAUACAACCUACAUGUACUUAUAGAGUUAUACAUUAGUCUUCGACGUUGAAAUUAUCGAUGUUGACAUUAUUUCACUUUUACACACUUCAUUGGAUUAUAAAAAAAAAUAUACAUAUUUUUCACUAUGAACUCAAGAAUUUGGAGUAAACCCUGGAAACACUAGUAAAACUACAUUUAAUAAAUUCAUAAUUUAUUUUUGUAUAUCAUAUUAACUUUACCCGCUAAUCUAGUUAGUGAGUCAUUAACCGCAUAAUGGAAAAUAUGUUGUUUAUAAAACAAUUACAAUGUAAACACCUUCCUUAAUUAUUAAUAUUAAUAAUAUACUAUUUUAAUCUGUGCCAAAAUUUACUAGUAAAUGUAUCAAAAUCUGCACAAAAAUUUACUUUUUUUCAUUUUAGGAAAAUGAUUUCAACAAUAAGAAGUAAAUAAAAUAAAAAGAAUAUGCUUUUUUAUGGUGGCAACCCUUGUCCUAUCUCAGUGAUAUCUCUGUUUGGUGAGCGGUCUUGAAAUGACGCUAAUCUAAUCGCAUAUAAAUUUCUCUAGCGAUCGUUUGGGGAGUGCGAGAUAAAUCUCCAUGUGAAGGAUUUGCCUAGUCCUCAUCUGUUUAUGUCUCCUAGCUUGUACAAUAUAGAUGCCAAGCCACUGCCGCGAUUUGUAUGUAUACGCUAAUAAAAUAUAUUUUAUAUAAAAAAAAAUAUAGUUUGUGCGUAGCUUUAUUACAUAAGGUUGCGAUACUGUAUCCGUCCAUAUUUGUUUGACAAUUUUGUUUAAUUCAAUUUUCCUUUAUAUGGUAUAUGUGAAGCGGCGGUGGUAUAGAGCAGUUAUUAUUAUUACAAAAAUCUCGAGCUGUUACCCACUUAUUUUUUAAGUUUUUCUUUGCGAGGCUAUGACUAAUGUUGUAUAGUCUUAUAUCACUUGUACAGAUAUGCAUAUGGAAUUAAAUAGAUCUCAGUGGAACAUUUUAUAUAAGUGAAGGAAUUAAGGCCCAGCGUACACAGUUAAACUGUCAAUGUUGCAUUAUUUUCAUUAUUUAAUGAAUGAUUGAAUUUCAUUAUUAUGAAAUUAGUUUGAUUUCCAACAAGUUCACUUCUAAACUAUUCUAUAAUCUUUUUUUCAUAAUAUUUGUAUUAUUUCCAUAACAUACCUAUUUUAUAUUAAUUUGUUGUUAAUGACAGAUUUUAAACUUGCAAUCAAAUAUGUAGUUUCAAAUUUUUACAAUAAAAUAUAUAAGUAUUAACUAUACCCCAUAAGCCAAUGAACGUGUUCUGCGAAAUUAUAACAUAUUACUAUAAAACUUAUUAAUAGUCUCUAUAUAUUUAAUACAAUAUUUUAAUUUUCAUUAGAUGUAUAUUACUCUUUUGUUUAUUCAUAUAAAUUAGCGUCAAAUAAAAAAUACAUACUCGUAUAUAUUAUUCCUUGAGCUAAAUAUGCAAACAAAUUUAUGAAUCAUAAACAUAAGUUUGUGACUUAUCUGUGUUAUAUAGAAUUAUGGAAAAUAAUAAAUUGUCCUUGCCUCAUACAGGAAUGAUACAUUUUAAUGGUAAAAGGAUUUAACAAAGUCGCCAGUUAAUAUUUUUAAAAACAUCUUAAUUUUUCUAAAGUACUAAAUGGUGGCGCCAUUAUGGAUAAAUAUUUUUAUAACUAAAGUCAUAAUUUAAUAAUCAUUACCGUUGAAUGAUAAAUACAUUUUUUAUUUUUAACUGGUCUAUAAAAGUUAUGGAGACAUUACAUGUACUUACUACUACUUACUAAGGCUCUUCGUACACUACGAUACUCAUAAGAUACGAUUCUAUCGAACACUCAUUGGUGGUUCGUACAUUAUGCUGCUUUGAAUAUCUCAUAGGCACUGUUCCAAAAUGACGUAAAUAGAAUUAUGCGUUUUUAUAGCCUUUACUUUUUAUACAUGCCAUCUGUGAUCUUCAAACCGUAAAAAAGUCGCAUUGAACAUAAAUGCAACAAAAAAUUAUUUUUCAAUCAUUACAUAACAUUUGGAUCAAUAUCUAAACUAAAUUUACAAUUCCAUAUAAUAUUCCAUAUAAAGGACAUGUAGACAAAAUUAUUAUAACUGUGAGUAAAUAUGAUGUAUAUAGAAUCUACAUUCCCUACGAGUUUAAAAUGAAAGAAGCUUUAACGUGUAGAAAUAAUGUUAAUUUAAGUUUAUUGGAAACCUACAUGAAUGUGACUGAAUUAUUUAUUCAUCUCUAGGAUAAAUUGUAUUGCAAGUCGGCAUAGAUUUUUUUUUAGAAAGUUUUUCAUUUUUUAGCAACUAUUGUAAGAAAAUAAGUUCUUAAUUAUUUACGUGUAAUAGCUGUACUACUAGCGCCAAUUAGCGUAUAGUUUAUGAAAUAUUAAAAACUUCUUAGUUUUUGUGAUAUAUAAGUAUAUAAUAAAAAAACAUGUGUUACGAGUAUGAUAAUGGUGAUAUAUUGAUGAAUAAUUUUUCAUAACAGGUCCUCUUUACUAAGAAUUGCAACGACUUAAACUCGAUUAUCCAUAUUUUUAUAUUACAAAAUCUUUUCAGUUAUCAUACUAAAAUUGUAUAUAAAGUGUACAAGUAUUAUAAAUAAAAAAAAAAUCAAGUUUGCAAUGAUAAUGGUGAUAAUUUUAUUGCACUCGUAAAAACUACCUACUAUUAUGUAUAAUAACUACAUAAAUAUUUCUUAUUUAUAAUAUUCGUAUGCUCUGCAUACAAUUUCUUUGAAUGUGUUUUGAUACUAAACAUCGUGUAAAAUUAUAAUAAUGGAAAACCACGUCAUUCGAGUUGACUGUCGUUGCUAUUCCUAGCAAGGACGGCCUUUUAAAUAACGUAGUACAGGUGCAAUUGAAAAUACACACAGAUCAACACAACGUCAAAUCAUUCUGUACUUAAAUUUAUUCAUUAUCAUUAACAAAUUAAUGACUUGUUGUAUUUUCAUAUGCACAGAAAUAAUAUUUGUACAUAUUAGAUAUGAAAUCAAAAAUUGUAUAAAGACAUCAAGUAUAGGUCUAAGAUAACUAAAUGAGAUAAAAAUUCGUCUACUUAUUGAACAAAUUUUUGAUAUAAGGCAUUCAUAAAACGAUAGAUUUUAAUGUCGGUCUGUCACUGUUAUGUAACAAUAAGUGACCUGUAAAUGUAUGAUGUUAGUCGUCUUCCGUCAUUCCACCAAUCCUUUAUAUUUAUAACUCAUGACUGAAGCAAAAUCUAUCGGUUUAAUGGACGCCUAAGAGUUUAUAGUCGUUUACAAUCGCAAACAAGGAUUUGCAGUGAUGUGUCCAUAAUUUGUAUAUUAACAUGUUUACAAUGUGUUAGAGACGAUAUUAUUUUGUAUAUACUUAAUAUCUGUUAUAACUGGGUAUGUAGAGGUAAUUUUCCACGUUGGCCAUCUGUACCUUAAAUAAAUACAAGUAUCGUCAUA